AUGUUUUUAAAAUUUAAUUAUCAAACAUCAAUUAAAUCAUUUGUUUACUUCUUAUUGUUUACUUCCCUUACAGUUGAUGACGUUGUGAAUUGCCAAAAAUACUUUGGCACCUGUUUAAAACAAGUUCUCUCGAAUGUAGUUCCCAAACUUAAGGAUGGUAAUAAAUAUCUACAAAUACCUUCCUUGGAUCCACUUCAUUUCAACUCUACUGCCUUUCAAUAUAACAGUGGUCCCUUUACUGGCUACAUAACCAUAAGAUAUGCCCUGAUCUAUGGAUUGACAACAAUAAAAUUUAAAAAAGUCGAUUUUCAAAAGGAUGGUAACAAAUUUAAAGCUCGCCUUACUAUGCUAGUUCCAAAAAUGUAUGCUUUGGGUUCUUAUAAGGGUGAUAUGCAUGUUAAUAAUGUUCGCGUAAGACCUAGAGGUGAUUUCAAUGUUACCAUGUUGAGUUUGGGUGUAGAAAUGCUGACCUUAGGUUCCGUAAUACACAAAGAUGGUCAUACAUUUUUAAAAUUAACAAAAAGUAAUGCCACAACUAUAUUAAAGGAUUCGAAAAUUCAUGCCACAGGCAUAUUUCCCGAUCAGAGAUUAAACGAUAUUGUUCUUAAUGUUGCUAAUCAAUAUUCUAGAGAUUUGUUUAAUAUUGUUUUACCCGAAACACGCAGCAAUUGGUUGCCUAUUUUGACGGAUAUUUUAAAUGGUGCCUUGGCCAUGGUGCCUUUUGAUUUUUUAAAGUGAGAAGUUGGUGACAUUUUAUUGGUAGUUGUUUAAGGCUUUCAAAAUGUUGUUGUGUUGUAAAUUUUAAAUAAAUAUAUUAAAUAGUUUAGAUUUUUAUUUAAAAA